AUGUUGUCCAGAGAGGUUUGGAAGGUGUUGAAUGCGUGGAGGAUGGCAGAGAGGUCGGAGGUGGUGGCGUUUGCUGGUGGUUGUUUGCCUGCGAGGUUGCCGGCAAUGCUAUCGACUGAGUCGGUGCGGGUGCAAGACAUGUUGAUGGAGGAUGCGGUCCAGUCGGGGGAAGAGGGGGUGGAGGAUGCGGCCGGAACGGAUGUGGAGGGUGUCGCAGCAGCGGUGGCGGCGGCGGGGGAGAUCUUGGUUUGGCGUGGUGGCAUGAGGAGAUGGGGGGGACAAUUCCUAUUUACAAGAAUAGAGUGUCAUCAAGUGAUUUAGCAAUGAAGGUAGCAGAGAAUC